CUACCUAGAAGAGCAUUAUGUAUGUAAAUGCACAACAAAUCUCUCUUUCACCGUGCCAUCAUCAGACACACGUUGUGUGUAUAUCUAUGCAGAACGCUUUGAGCUACUGUAUACACACACACACAGAGUCCGAGAAAAAGAGUCGUUGUACAGUAGGCACAACAUUCUCGAUCUCUGCUCAUUCAUAAUAAAAAAUGGCCAUCUCCCAAGCUAAUUAAUACUGUGCACUGAUACUUAUUCCUUACCCCACUUCAAAAAGAUCACAUAAAGUCCAUUGAUGAUAACGCCAUUGUAUAAAAAUGCUAUGAUUCACAAAACAAUACAUCUAUACGUCAUGUUUGCGCGCGCUUGACGAUGAAAAAAGACAUCCUAUGGAAUAGUCGGAACGGGUGUUUACGGGAGUAUACAACAACGGCAGGAAAAUAAAUGUUCUCGACGAGAAGGCAAAUUUAGCAUCCGAUGCAGGGAUGAUGAAAUUGACGUUUUUUUACACAUCAGUCAUAUUCGACGAAUCACAUACACAAAUUUCUAUUCAUAUUGCAUAGGAUGGGAUGUGUGAUGAUGUACUAUCUAUUCAUCAUCGUUGCUUGUGAAUUCAAGAAAUUUUGUUUACUAUUCUCUAAAUGAUAAUAACUUCAAUUAACAUGAUGUCAGUUUUCGAUUGCUACGUGUGUUGGUAGAUAAUAUUAUUGUAGUAACUCGAAUGGUUUAUCAGCGUAAGAUGAUGACAGUUGUACUCUGUUUCUUCUUUUUAG